AUGACAGACUGUGUCGUAGUACAUGACGUCGCUGCGCCUCCUUCCUAUCUCCUCCCUUUGUGCGGCUGACAGGCUCUUUCUCGGCUUGGACUGGAACACACAGAGACAAUGGCUGUACCUCCCACCUACGCUGACCUUGGAAAAUCAGCCAGGGAUGUUUUUACAAAGGGAUACGGCUUUGGCCUCAUUAAACUGGACUUGAAGACAAAGUCUGAUAAUGGACUGGAGUUCACCAGCACGUGCUCCGGCAACACAGAGACCAGCAAAGUUGCCGGGUCAUUGGAGACCAAAUACAAGUGGGCGGAGCGCGGCCUGACCUUCACAGAGAAGUGGAACACCGACAACACGCUGGGGACCGAGAUCACCGUGGAGGACCAGUUAGUUAAAGGGCUGAAGCUGACUUUUGAUUCCUCCUUCUCUCCAAACACUGGCAAGAAAGGCGGGAAGCUCAAGACAGCCUACAAGUGCGACCACAUCAACCUGGGCUGCGACGUCAACUACGACAUCAACGGCACGGCCAUUCACGGCGCUGCAGUGGUGGGGUUCGAGGGCUGGCUCGCUGGAUACCAGACGACCUUCGAGGCCGGCCGGAACAAGGUCACUCAGAGCAACUUUGCUGUGGGAUACAAGACCGAUGAGUUCCAGCUCCAUACGAAUGUCAACGAUGGCACCGAGUUUGGCGGGUCGAUCUACCAGAAGGUGAACAGCAAGCUGGAGACGGCCGUCAACUUGGCCUGGACUGCAGGAAACAGCAACACCCGCUUUGGCAUCGCCGCCAAAUAUCAGAUCGAUUCUGACGCAUCUUUCUCUGCGAAGGUGAACAACUCCAGCCUUAUUGGACUGGGCUACACUCAGAACAUUAAGCCAGGUGUGAAGUUGACACUUUCUGCUCUCCUGGAUGGUAAAAACAUCAACACGGGCGGCCACAAGCUCGGUGUGGGUCUGGAGUUCCAGGCGUAGACGGAAAGACUUCAACGUUUCCCCACACACUUAUUCCUCACCCAAGAAUAUCUUAAACCCUCGGAGUAGCCCAGCCCCUCGUCUCCCCUUGAAAUGUUACAGGUGGAAGUAAGUGAAGGUGAAACAAAUCCAGUUUAAAGGACCAUAUUUGUGUUCAAAAGCCCAGUUUAGAACAAAGCUGUGAGAACCGAAUGCUUCAGUACAUCAAGUCAGUUUCAUGCUUUUGUUACUUUUUAAUCAAUUGAAAAGGGAAAAGCCCCACAACACAA